UUUUUGGGCGUCGGCGAUUUGUCAAUGGAAAUAAUACUUUUGUAGUUGUACAGGUUAUGUUGGGAAAUGAAGGAUUUUGAUUUAACCUCAGAAAUUAAAUACUACCCUUUAAGUAUUUCAGGUUUAGAGACAGAACUAGUAUUUGACAAAAGAUAGCGUUAAAAUGAUUUUUGGAAACUCUGUUAUAUUUUUAUUUUUGAUUACCGGGUUAUGUUUGAGUGUUUGGUGUUAUCAAGAUAAAGAUGAAUUUCAUGAAGAACUUAUGAUUAAACCACUUGCCAGUGGUCAUGUUUAUUCUUAUUUUCAGUUUACAACAUUAUGGAAUAAAUUUCAUCCUCACCAUAUUUUUGACCACUGCCACCUCUUUCCCCCUCCACUGGGAGAGUUGAUUGAUAGGUUCAACGUCCGUGAACUCCACAUCAGCCUGACGGAGGGUUUAUGGAGGCAUGAGGGCUGGGGUUACCCUGUCUUAGAUGCUCCACCAGGUGCUGAGCUGUGGGUCUGGUUCAAACCUGGUACUCAGAAUAUUGACAAGAACUGGAAAGAGUUAAAUGGAGCACUAUCUGGUCUUUUGUGUGCUUCCCUCAAUUUCAUCGAUUCAUCAAACAGCAUGAGCCCGGAGAUGAGUUUCAGGCCUAUGGGAAUAGAAGAUCCGGAGCAGCCUCUUAACUCCACACUGCUCCGUUACGGCACUCUGCCCAGGGAGAUUGUCUGCACGGAGAACCUGACUCCUUGGAAGAAACUGCUGCCGUGCGAUGCUAAAAGAGGCCUGGCCACAUUGCUGAAUGCAGGAUACAUUCACAACACAAACUAUCAUUCACUAGGCGUCCACUUCAGACAUAUUUGCAUGAACAAAGAGUGUACGGAGACAGGACUGGAAUUGCGGCAAACAGUGUCUCUGGUGUACGAUCUCGUGAUCCUGGGUGGCUCCUCCCCCGACUGGUCCAUCCGCAAACUAUUUGGCCUUGGAUUGGCUGGCCACUGUCCUCUGGCCUCGACCAGCACCAUCUAUAUCGACAUCACUUCCAACCAGACAGGACAGACGUUCCGUUUGAGUCCUCUCCCAGACCGGACAGUUGUCAGUCACAGAGGCGGUCACCAGACUGAGCUGGCGGUCUACAAUGUUCAAAACCUCGAUCCCGACAGCAUGUUCAACAUCGCUCUGGUCCACGACAAACCCAGGAUUUUCACACAGAAUAUUGCACCUGCUAUUUUCGCCAACAGAUACAUUGUUGGCUAUGGGCAGGAGUUUGGUGGUAUUGUGACCAAGGUUCACAAUCGACACUGGCAGCCGAUCACAAUCAUCUUCCUGGAGAACAUCCCGUGGUUCGUGCCUGUCUAUUUCCACACACUCAAGAUCGUUAGCCAAGGCAGGACCAUUACGCCAUUGGUGAAGCGGUACGUGCCAGGCAGAGAACGGCAGCGGCCGUAUUACCUGGAGAUAAUGGUGGAGCUGCCGGCGCGAUCUGUCACGGACAUAUCGGUGCAGUUUGACUAUGUGUUCCUCAAGUGGCAGGAGUACCCACCGGACGCUAACCACGGCUUCUACAUCGGCUCGGCUGUGAUCACCGCCUGGCUUCCAGUCGCUCGCAACCUCACUGGACUCCCUCAGGACGGCUCACUCAUAUCUUCAUGUAUAAACGCUUCCCGGGACGGAUACAUGGUUCGUCUGCGCACAGAAUCACUCAUCAUCACACUGCCGACCCCAGACUUCAGCAUGCCGUACAACGUGAUCUGCCUGGCCUGCACAGUAGUGGCUCUGGCUUUCGGGCCUCUUCACAAUAUUACCACCAAGAAGUUGCAGUUGACGAAAGCUGGGGAACCAAGAGGAGUAUUCGCACUUUUCGCCAACAGAUCGGCUAAGUUCUUCGUUACCCUUGGAUUAGUAGCCGCAGCAUCCAUUUUUACUCUAAGACACUUCAAUAUAAUUGUAUUUUAAUUAAAUAUCUACUAGUGAAAUGAAUUUUCUACAAGCAAUAUUUAUUUUCUAUGUAGCAACUUGUAAAAUAGACGUACAUUUUUUAAAUGUACGCAAGCGGUCCAUGACCAAAACAGUUGUAAGUCGUUUUAUGCUUAAAGUAUUAAUAUAAGAUACAAUGUUACCUGUGACUUUACUACGUUAAGGUUUACUUACCUGCCCAUUUAAAUGAACAAAGUGAAUGUGAGCAAGUAUGUAUGAAUUUAAAAUAAGUUAAGAAUGUAAUAUUGAUGUCUGAAACAAAACUCAGGAUUGUGAAUUAUUUAUAACCUAUAAAACAUUGUUCUUUUUUAUUAAGUUGUUUUGUAGUGUGCACCUUCACCAAAUAAUUAUUUUUAAUAUUUGUA